UCUUACUAUCACCAGACAAGUCUGAAGCCCGACUGCACACCGUCCAAAAUAUGUCCAGUGAUUAAUUAUACUGAAUAUAAUUAGCGUUUUUUCUCGCAACAGGACACGCGGCUGCUUUAAUAACACAACAUCAGCACGAGCGCGUGGAGGAGGCACCUGGGACUGAAGCGCUCUCCUCUCGCACACAGACGGGAUCGGCGCGCGCUGGACAUGAGGAGGACCUCAUCCCGAGCCUGAUUUCCUGCGGUCCCGGCCAUCUGUGUGCCUUCAAUUACACCGAAAUCCACUCACAAAAUGACCCAGCCGCAGACGACCAUCGAGCUGGAGCAGAGCUGCAAUAUAGCCAAAAAGAGCAUCAUUACCAAAAUGUUUAAAGUUCGCAAAAGGAGAGAGAUGCUGUUCGUGCAGGUGUGCUUCAUCUGCAGCUUCCUGUUCUUGGCGUGGUGUAUGUCGGCGUUACUCACAAAAACAGGUCAUGGGCUGGUGCUUCAGGAGGGGUUCGCUGUUCCCAGAGAUCACGUGGGCCGAAGACUUAUGGCCACAGUGGGAGACAAUGAGACAGAGAAGAACUGCACAGAACCAGCAAUCCAUGAGUUUCCCGAGGAUAUAUUCACCAACAGACAGCGUACUCAAGGAGCUGUACUUCUACACAUAUUAGCGGCUCUAUAUAUGUUUCUGGCCCUUGCUAUUGUCUGUGAUGACUACUUUGUGACCUCUCUAGAGAAGAUAUGUGAGAAACUGCACCUGAGUGAAGAUGUAGCAGGAGCGACCUUCAUGGCAGCUGGAAGCUCUGCCCCCGAGCUGUUUGCCUCUAUAAUUGGUGUGUUCAUAACACAUGGAGAUGUUGGGGUGGGUACCAUAGUGGGCUCAGCCGUGUUCAACAUCCUGUGUAUCAUCGGUGUGUGUGGGAUAUUUGCGGGGCAGGUUGUUUUUCUCACCAAGUAUGUUGUCUUCAGAGACUCCAUCUACUACAUUUUAUCUGUGGUCGCCCUUAUUGCAUUUAUUUAUGAUGAUAAGAUUUUGUGGUGGGAGAGUCUGAUACUGAUCGUCAUGUAUGUUGGCUACAUUAUCAUCAUGAAGUUUAACACUAGCAUACAGAACUACUUUUCGGGGAAGAAAGACAAAAAGGUCACCAAUGGUAUUACGGUCAUCAGCGAAAUGGAGGAUGUAAAGCACACUGAAGAGUACACUAGGGGCUCUGUUGUGAUGGUGGACGAGAUGAUAAAUUCAAGCCCUCCACAUUAUCGCUUCCCAGAGGCCGGCCUCAGGGUCAUGAUCACCAACCACUUUGGGCCCAAGACACGUCUGCGAAUGGCAAGCCGACUUAUCAUCAAUGAGCAGCGGCUGGUGAAGACGGCCAAUGGGGUGGAUGCAGUGUUGGUGGCUGAUAAGAAAGCUGACACCAUAGAAAAUGGCAACGUAGUGGAGGACAAACUGACUGAGGAGCCGGAAAGUGAGCUGUCAUCUCCCUUCGUCUUGCCUGGGGGCGCUAUGGAUAAAGUUAAGUUUUUAAUUUCCUGGCCUGUUUUGGUAUUGCUGUUCUUCACCAUACCCAACUGUGCCAAACCUCGGUGGGAGCGCUUCUUCAUGCUGUCUUUCUUCCUCUCUACACUGUGGAUCGCCAUCUUCUCCUACAUCAUGGUGUGGAUGGUCACAAUCGCUGGAUACACACUUGGAAUCCCAGAUGUCAUUAUGGGUAUAACUUUCCUGGCUGCUGGCACCAGUGUUCCCGACUGCAUCGCCAGUCUCAUUGUCGCACGACAAGGGCUGGGGGACAUGGCUGUCUCCAACACGAUUGGCAGUAAUGUCUUUGAUAUCCUGGUUGGACUCGGCGUUCCCUGGGGCAUUCAGACAAUGGCUGUCAACUACGGCUCUGUGGUUCAAAUCAACAGUAGAGGAUUGGUUUACUCGGUUGUUCUGCUGCUGGGUUCGGUGGCUUUAACUGUGCUGGGGAUCCAUGUGAACAAGUGGAGGUUGGACUUAAAGCUGGGCAUAUACGUGCUUGUUCUGUAUGCUAUCUUCCUCUGCUUUUCCAUCUUGAUCGAAUACAAUGUCUUCACUUUCGUCAACCUGCCCAUGUGCCAAGAAGGUGUCUAGGCUAGAUGAUUUCCAUGGGUUUGGACCCAAAAUACCUCCGGGAUAAACCUGCAACCAAAAUCACCAAUGAUUCUGCUGUUUCCCCUCUAUUUAAACUCCCUACUGUUGAAGAAAACCACUGUCUCCCACUGCACAUUCAA